UUUCACUCCAACGUCGAUGUCACUUGAAAAGAGCUGCCUGUUUGACCUUUUAGUCAAAGUACUUGGAGACAGAGUGGGAGAGAGAACUGAUUUUACAAGCAGUGACAAAACUUGAUCUAAUCGAGCUGUAUACAUUUCGAGUUAUCUACCCGACAUACGAGACACACCGUUUCAUCAUUACGCUGUGGUGUAAGAUUCUCAUUGUACAUUCAGUUUUUAAUCAUUGAUUGCAAGCCAUAUUCCUGUGUGUGGAAAAUUGAAUAAAAAAAUCUGUUAUCUCCAAAAGUAACAACAAAAUAAUUACACAAUAAGAGGAUAUAUAUUUAGAACAGUUAAAGGUAUCAGAAGUUUACAACAAAGCUUCAACAGAACCAACUCCUAAAAUGACUAAAGAGACAGCUGUUACUCUAACAAGGCUAUCCAGACAGUCAUCACACGAAGAACAAAACGGAUGGAACAAUUCAAAACCUCACGAGAAUGGGACAGAGGCUAACGGAAUGUACACUGCUGGACAGCCCGAUGGCAAAACAUCGCUAGACCGGACAGAUGACCACAAAGAAAAGAAAAAAAAAGGCAGGCUUUGUUGCGGAGGACGUUCAGAGGAAGGAGAGAAAAAAGAGAUUAUAGGAAUACUUGAGCUGUUCCAGUUUGCGACAUGUACUGACAAAUUUCUGAUUGUGAUUGGAACAAUAGGAGCCAUAGCUCUGGGUACAGCAUUCCCUAUUAACAUCUCAACAUUUGGAGAUGUCAUUGAUGUCUUUGUUGAUAACAACAUGAUGAAUAAAACCAAUACAACACAGAUGCUGAACAAAACCACUACACAGCCAAUACAGGAUGCUAUAUUGCCAUAUAUUUAUCAAUUCAUUGGCUUAGGAGUGGGAUCUUUUAUAACAGGAUUUUUUGCUGUCAGUUUUUGGCAAUGGGCAGCAGAAAGACAAGUCACCACGAUGCGGAAACAAUUUUUUAGGGCUGUUUUACGGCAAGACAUUGGUUGGUUUGAUGUACAUGAAGCAGGGGAAAUUAGUUCCAAAUUCUCAGAAGAUAUCAGUAAAAUAUCAGAAGGAAUGGGGGAUAAGAUGGCUAUUUUCCUUCAAUGGGUUACUACAUGGCUGGCUGCUUAUAUUAUGGCCUUUACAAGGUCAUGGAAAUUAACUCUAGCUGUUAUUGCAGUCAGUCCUAUUCUUGUCAUGGUUGGAGCUACAUUUGUUAGAGUGAUGAGAAAUAUGGCAAGUCAAGAAGCCAAAGCCUAUGCAAAAGCUGGUGCAAUUGCUGAGCAAACUCUUAGAGCUAUUAGAACUGUACAAGCUUUUCAGGGUCAAGAAAAAGAAGUUGCAAAAUAUGAUGACAAUUUAUCUACUGCCCUUCAAGUAGCAACCAAAAAAGGAAUAGCUUUAGGUCUUGGGAAUUCAAUGAUCUGGUUUAUAUUGUUGUUGAUGUUUUCUGGAGUUAUGUGGUUUGGCACAUAUCUCCUUCAGGCAGAUGGUUUACAGUCUGGUAAAAUUUUACCUGUUUUCUUUGGUAUCAUGGUGGGUUCAUUUGCCCUUGGUAAUGCCUUCAACAAUCUUGAAAGUUUUUCCAAUGCACGUGGGGCAGCCGUCAGCGUGUUCAAGAUAAUUUCCUUGGUGCCUAAAAUUAAUUCCUUUUCUGAAGAAGGUCUAAAACUACAGAAUCUUAAAGGCCACAUAGAAUUUAAAAAUAUAAAGUUUUCUUAUCCAGCACGACCUGAUGUCCAGAUUCUCAAAGAUCUGAACAUCAAAAUAGAGCCAGGAAAAAAAAUUGCUUUGGUUGGUCCUAGUGGUUGUGGAAAAUCUACUACAGUGCAGCUCUUGCAAAGAUUUUACGAUCCAACUGAAGGAACUGUUUUGAUUGAUGGUACAGACAUAAGAAAGUUUAAUGUAAAGUGGAUGCGUUCAAACAUAGGAGUAGUUAGCCAGGAGCCAUCACUUUUUGAUGCUUCCAUUGAGGAGAAUAUUAGAUUUGGGAAGAUGGACGCAACUUUAGCGGAAAUACAGGCUGCUGCCAAAAAGGCCAAUGCUCAUGAUUUCAUCAUGCAGCUUCCUGAGGGCUACAAAACUAAUGUUGGUGAAAGAGGAGCCCAACUCAGUGGAGGACAGAAACAAAGAAUUUCUAUUGCUAGAGCCUUAGUCAGAAACCCCAAAAUUUUACUUCUUGAUGAAGCAACAUCAGCUCUGGAUCAGGAAAGUGAGGCAGUCGUCCAAGAUGCUUUAGAAGCUGCAGGAGAAGGAAGAACUACCAUCACCAUUGCACACAGACUCUCUACAAUUCAAAAUGCUGAUGAGAUCAUUGCUAUUAGUGAAGGAGAAGUGAUUGAAAGAGGGACACACCAGGAACUAAUGGAAAAGAAAGGAUUGUAUUUUCAGCUUGUGGAGAUCCAGUCACAAAUAAAAAAAGAAGCUGAAAUGAUGACAAAAGUGGAAAUUAAGGUAACCCCACAAAAAGAAGAUAUGGAAGAUGUAGAGAUUAUUGAAGAAGAUGAAUUAGAUACUAAAGAAUCAGCCAAUCAGGAACUUUUAAGGAGAUCUUUCAGCAGAAUAUCUGGAAAAGAGAUCAAAGAAAAAAAUCUGGUAGCCAGAGCGAGUUUUAAUAAAGGAAAGAAAUCUAAACAGAAAAACAACAAAGUAAAUCCUGAAAAUGAAGAGGGAAAUGCAAGCAUCAAAGAGUUAAUGCGAUACAAUGCUCCAGAAUGGCCUCUAAUUUUGUUUGGAUGUGUUGGAUCAAUGCUAGCAGGAGUUGUUCACCCUGCAUUCACUUUUAUUCUCAGUGAAUUUAUAAAGCUUUUUGGAAUUAAAGAUCAUAAUGAGCAGUGGGAGAAAGUUCAUGUUCUAGGUGGGGCUGUUAUUGGUGUUGCAUGUGUCUCAGCUGUUGUGCGAAUGUUGCAGGGUUAUUGUUUUAGCAAGUCAGGGGCUUUCCUCACAGCUCGCCUUCGAAAAUUGACAUUUGCUUCAAUGAUCAAUCAGGACAUGGACUAUUUUGACAUGCCUAAUAACCAAGUUGGAGCUCUGUCAACAAAACUUUCUGGUGAUGCAGCUUUAGUUCAAGGGGCAACAGGCUCAAAAAUAGGUCAGAUGCUUGAAUCCAUUUCUACAAUAACUGCUGCUCUUGUCAUUGCUUUCAUCUAUGGCUGGAAACUCACAUUGGUGGUUUUAUCUUUCAUGCCAUUGAUGAUUAUUGGUGGUAUCAUUCAGGGGCGUGCGAUUGCUGGUGCUAAUAAUUCUGAAAAGAAACAAAUUCAACAAGCUGGAAAAAUAUGCUCAGAAGUGGUUGAUUCAAUCAGAACAGUUGUCUCAUUAGGAAGGGAGGAUUAUUUCUUAAAGAGAUUUGAUGAUCUAAUUGACAGUACAGAAAAAGCAAGCAGAAAUAUGUCUUUGAUCUAUGGACUAACAUAUGCAAUUGCCAACUGCAUUAUAUUUUUUGCUUAUGCCGUGGCCUUUUACUAUGGAUCUGUUUUAGUGAAUGAUGGAGAGAUGGAAUUUUUUGAAGUUUUCAGGGUAUUUUCUGCAAUCAUAUUUGGUGGUAUGACUAUUGGACGCCAAUCUUCAUUUGGUGCAGACUUUACUAAAGCUAAGGUUGCUGGUGCUCGAAUCAUUGCUUUGAUAAAUAGGAAACCCAAAAUAGAUGUUCGCAACACUGAUGGAAUUAAGAUGGAUUCCUUCACUGGCCAUUUUACUUUUGCCAAUGUUUCAUACAAUUACCCCAGCCGACCAAAUGCUAAAGUAUUGAAUGGUUUAAAUCUAGAGAUUCAGCCUGGAGAGACAGUUGCUUUUGUGGGUGCCAGUGGUUGUGGUAAAAGUACAUCUGUACAGUUGAUUGAACGUUUCUAUGAUGUUAUAUUAGGAAAUCUGCUAAUUGAUGGAAAUGACAUACGCACUUUGAACUUGAAGUGGUACAGAAGUCAGCUGGGUAUAGUAUCCCAGGAACCAACUUUGUUUGAUUGCAGCAUUGCAGAGAACAUUGCUUAUGGAGACAACUCAAGAAUUGUGCCAAUGUCAGACAUAAUGCAAGCUGCUAAGGAUGCUAACAUUCAUAAUUUUAUUGCUAGCUUACCACAGGGCUAUGAAACAAGUGUUGGAGAAAAAGGGGCACAACUCAGCGGUGGACAAAAACAAAGAAUAGCUAUUGCAAGGGCUUUGGUGAGACGUCCAAAAGUAUUGUUACUAGAUGAAGCAACAUCAGCUCUAGACUCAGAAAGUGAAAAAAUUGUUCAAGAAGCAUUGGACAAAGCUUGUAAAGACAGAACCUGCAUCACAAUAGCCCAUAGGUUGUCAACUAUUCAGAACUCAGAUAAAAUAGCUGUAAUUAGUAAAGGCAGAAUAGUCGAAAUAGGAAGUCAUAGCCAGCUUUUGUCCACUAAAGGGGCAUAUUACAGACUCUUAACUGCACAAAGCAGAGCUCACAAGUAAAUUUUUCUGAAAAUGAAUUUUUUGAAUCUCGUUUUCUGUCAGUAUAUAUUGUUGACCAAAAUCAUCAAUUUAAUAUCUAUGCAUUUUGAUGUCAAGACAUAAUUUGCUAAACUUAUACACAUACAUCAUGUAUUACUUUUAACAUGACGAUUCUGUACAUCAAAACUGUACAAGUACACAUGUUCUUUCAAUAUAUUUAGUUUUAUUUAUAAUGAAUGUAGCUUUAACGGCCAUUUUUUACUUACUGUAUUUAUAAAUAUAUAUGUAUUAGUCAUUUUAAGGAACAAAAUAGAAGACUGAUUGAAUUAUGAUUUUCUAGUGUAUUUUAAAAAUUGUGCAAUUUAGAUUAUGUUAUGUAAAUAUAUUGAGCUUUGUAUACAUAUCAGUGCUGUCAAGGUGGCCCAAAAGUAGAGGUUUACAGUUAUUAAAAUACCUUCUAUAAGGUUAAAGUUACUUGCUUAAUAACACCAUGAUAUAUUUGAUAUAUAUUUAAUAUUGUAAUAUUGAAGGUGGAUAUUUUGAGCCUCUGAGAGGUUAAUUGUUUAUGUUAAUGUUAACAGGUAUAAUGAAUUUUCUGCUUAACUUAUCUUAUAUAAUACAGACAUUUCUUCCUGCUUUUAAAAAAAUGUCUAUGUAUUAACUGUAAAUCUACUUUUAGGCCACCCUGUAGAUGCAUUGUUAAAACAUAUACAUACUUGUUAUAGUUUCAUAAUUAUUUAUUUGUGGAUAUCAGUAUUUGAAAAAUCAUCUGUAGUAAUAUUGUAAAUUUAAAUCUUUUAAAAAAAUAUCUUUUUUUUUUAUUGCUGAUUUUAUUUUAUUUAGUCCUGAUUUUGAAUCUCAUUUUUUCAACAAAUGAUUUUUUUUUUUAGAAAUAUUAAAUAUUUUUCAUUGACCUUUUUUCUAAAGCCAAACCAAUAUGAUAUCUUUGCAGCCUAAUUUAACUAUUGAUGAGAAACUAGUGUUAUUCUUCAGUGUGAAUAUUUUAAACUAUAUUUUAAACGAAUAAAAAAAUUUAGAAUUAUUUUAAAUAAAAAUUAAUUUAUUAAAUAUUAUUUUUACACAUUUUAAAAUAAAUAUUAGUAGAUGUUACAGCUUGUAUUUUGUUUCUCUAAAAAAAUAACAGAAGUAUUUUCUGCCA